CGCAGGUUGCACUAGAGACGGAAUACGCGAUCUUCCAUGUAAGGCUACGCCUGGAAGGGGUUCCACCACAGGUGUCCAAUGAGGAAGAGAUACAAGGACAUGAAUACACUUCCGCAGUUGAGGAGACAGAUGGCUGUUUAGCUCGUUUCUGGCGACUUUGUUAACUUGGAGAACGCAUUUUUCGAACAUCAACCUUGUCCUUUUCUUUCUUUUCUUCUUACUGUGUGUAUUUGUUGUGGUUGCCAGAGUACUAUUAAGUCAUGACAAUGCCAUUCGCUAUGGAGGAGUUCCAGCAAGCCGAGAGUGACUAUAGAAUGACCCUCUCAAGACUGGCAUACACAGCGUUGUCUCAUCCACAACACAUUCGUCGUCUUGUUGCUCAUCACCAGGCUUUCCUCAGAGUUCAAGAGCACUCGGACUUGGUGCAAUGGUUAGAAAGGGGAAUUGCUAUCUAUGCUCAGUACAUUGCAAGUUACCAUAUCGACGCUGAAACUUCAGACUCCGAUGUGACAUUGCGCAAGGCUCCAAUGGUCAGAGUAAACCAACUCAGCAAGCUCUGUGCUGCACUUGGAGUUAAUGGAGGUGCACUUUAUUCAAAGUAUAAGAAGCUGGCCCAGCAGGCAAUGAACCGUGUUGAGGAGACAAAUAAAGAGGUUGACUUGGUAACAUUGCGUUUCAACGACGUCAGAGACAUUCACACGUUAGGGAAGACGGUUUCCUACUUCAAAUUGGACGAUAUAAUCCGAAGAGACUAUUUCUAUUUCUCCAUGACUCAUCCAUUGGAAACUUUUGAAAGCGAUGUCCUUGUUGAAGUGUUCCUUCUAGCCAACAAUGCCAUUGCCGUUACAAAAGUCUUGAGCGUUGGAAGAAGCUUGAUGUUUCCUCCCUUGAAAGUCUGUGACUUCCUUGUCAAGCAAAAUGACUUGGACUGCAUUUCUAUGUCUGCCGAUGAAAUCACCUUGUCUUUCAAAUGUCCAGACGAAGAACAAAUGGACGAGUGGAACCAUUUGGUUGAUCAUUUGCCAAUAGACUCGGCUUUUGACGAAAGCCACGAGAAGCUUAGACCUCUGAAGAACGGUAAAGUUGGUCUUGGAUUGAAGUUCGAGUCUCAAUCUCAACUCCGUAGAUCAACACCAAUCGUAUCACGACAUGAGUCAUUGAUUCGUUCUUCAGUUCUUUCAGACAAUUCUGUAAAACUGAACUUGGAUCUUUACUUUACCAAGGAUGCUGACCUGACUAAUAUCAACAAGCGCACAGAUGCUCCACCACUGAAAUCUCCAUUACUGAAGACCACUACUCCACAGUUGAAAUCUUUGGGCACACCGCAUCUUGAAACCAGUAGCUUCGAAGAAAGCUCUGCAUCAUUUGAGACUGAUUUAUCACCAGAGGUUAGUGCCAAACCUUCUGUAUUGAAAAGAUCCUCCCUAUGUAAUAACCUCAAUGAGUCAAUUGUCUCCCUGCCUGCUUUUGGCCAGGCUUCUACUGAAAAGACCAAGCCAUUCACAUCUACCAUUGACUUGACUUCACAAAAGCCAGUGGAGAAGAAGAAGAGACGUAAAUCAAUCUUUGGCCUGUUCAGCAAGAAGGAGAAGGAACCUUCAUUUGAAAUUUGCACAGAGCCUAUCACUCCACAACGUCAGAUAUUAUCUGAUGUUGAAUCCCAGACAAAGACUCUACCAAAAAAGGAAUCUAUGGCAUCACUUCAAAGAUCUGUCAAUCAACUUUCACUAUCCAGUGAAUCUAAGAAACCAAGCUUGCCUUCACCAUUUGCAGCCAAUACCACCACCAAAAAUCCACUCACCGAGUUGGAAAAGAGCAUACUACAAGAUUCAACACUAUUUGCUACUAUCACCAAUUCCUGCAUUGUUUCUAGAUGGCACAAUAGCAAGUGGGAACAACUUGGGAAUGGGUAUAAUACUGAGUUGAAGUUCUUCAAACAUGCAGAUAACGAUUCAUUGGCGAUUUAUACACAGCCAUGUUCUGAUGAACCUUUCAAGCUUGUGCCGUUGAGCGGAGCUUCGUUAUCCAAAUCUAGUGCUAGAGAUCUCCAGCUACAAUGUCAUCAGGGAUUCCUGGAUCAACGUCGUACCAUCUACACACUGAGAUGUGUUGAUUCACGCACGGUUUCGUUAAUUGUCGAUGAGUUGCAAAGAAUGAGAGGCUGUAACGAGAGUCUGAGCGCUGCAUCUAGCACCAGUGUCAUCUUUGAUAAGCCAUCCACUUCAACGUCAAUGAGUUCUCUUGAGGACUGCAAAUCAUUGGAGCCACCUUCCACUGCAAAGACUACUCUCUAUCAGCAAGAGUCUGUCAGUACACUAUCAGUAGGUUCUCAAGAUGCCAGUACCUUUGAUAAGAAUGAACUGCUAUUGCUAUCACAAAAGGUGAGAUUGCAUAAACAAGACCAAGAUGGGGACUGGAUUCCAGUUUCCAUGGGUAAAUUCUCUCUUCUUUCGCAUGUUCGUGAUCCAAGCUACUCCAAGUUCCAGGUGUCCUGUACAAAUGGGACUCAGUUGAACGCUUUGGUUCUCAAUCAAAAGUGUCAAAGGCUUGGUAAAUCAGGGAUCCAGUUUACUUGUGAAACAGCUACAAAACAAGAGCCGGUGUCUUAUCUGCUAGAGUUCAAAGGCAGCAAGCAGUGUUCACAGGCACUUGAACUGCUGAGUUCAUGAUGGGACCCUCAAAAAAAAGACUUAUUUCAUCUUAUUUAUAUACAUAGAAAAGGCUUU